AACGGUAAUUGGCCAAAAAUAAAUAAAAUAAAAUUCCAUAGCAAGAUAACACGGUGCGUUUUAUGCAGUGCGCUGCAGGUCGUCGGAGUUGAAUCCUUUCGUCACUAUCACACACGGUCUCACUGAACUUCGAAAGUUGAUGAUAAGCUCCAAAAGCACUUCUGGGUUUUCAGGAUUUCAGCUUUAUCUCUAAGAAAAUGCGCGCUUUGGUUUUCCUUAGCAGGUCUCUGAGGCAGCAUAGCGUUGCAAAGCCAAAUCCUUUUCAACCGUCGUCGUUAAUCUCAAUAUGUAAGGAGAAUUUACUUCCUCCCAAUUCCAAUCAAUGGAUUUACCAAACUCGCAGAACUCUCAUAUUGGAGCCCUCUUUCUCGAAGUUCGUCAAGCUUCAUAGACUCGCUGAUUCCGAUUCUGGGAUUUUGGAGGUUAGUUUGGACAGGCCUGAGGCAAAAAAUGCCAUUGGUAAAGAAAUGCUGAGAGGUUUUCAGCAUACGCUUGAAGCUAUCGGUAGGGAUUCAUCUGCUAAUGUUAUGUUACUCCGUAGUUCAGUUCCCAGGGUGUUCUGUGCAGGUGCUGAUUUGAAGGAGCGCAAGACAAUGAAUCCAGAUGAGAUUCGGUCGUUUGUGAAUUCACUUCGUGCCACAUUCUCGUUUUUAGAGACACUCUGUCUUCCUACUAUUGCUGUCAUUGAAGGAGCAGCACUGGGUGGUGGACUUGAAAUGGCUUUAUCAUGUGAUCUUCGGAUAUGUGGAGAAGAUGCAAUACUGGGCUUGCCAGAAACAGGACUUGCUAUAAUUCCUGGGGCAGGUGGGACACAGCGACUUCCUAGAUUGAUUGGAAAAGCAAAAGCGAAGGAACUUAUAUUCACUGGCAGGAAGGUUGGUGGCAAAGAUGCAAUGUCUAUAGGUUUGGUCAAUUACUGUGUUCCAGCAGGUGAAGCACAUCUAAAGGCGCUUGAAAUUGCCCGUGAUAUAAAUGAUAAGGGUCCAAUAGCAAUUAGGAUGGCAAAAAAAGCCAUCAGUGACGGACUGGAGGUAAAUAUGAAACCAGCUUUGGCAUUAGAAGAAGACUGCUAUGAACAGACCUUGAACACAAAAGAUCGCUUGGAAGGCUUGGCAGCAUUUGCCGAAAAGCGGAAGCCAAGGUAUACCGGAGAAUAAGAUCAAAAUUUUGCUGAUGACUUGUUCUUGAGUCAAUUUAGGAAGAAACAAAGCUGAUUUUUGGAUGCAGAAGCCUACCGGAUGAGCAGACUUAAAGUUGUGUGUAAUCUUUGUACCCUUACUUUUCAAUAAAUUUGGUGGCAGUUGGAAUUGCUCAGUAGAUGUUUUACCAACUGAAAAAUAAAAUUCAUUAUUUGAGAGACUGAUUUUUCUCCGAUCA